AUGCUUGAUUUGGACCAAAUACUAGAGAGGCUUUACCAUAAGCAAAUUAUUGCAGAACCAGUGAUUGCAUACCUUUGUAGCUUGGCGAAAGAGUUACUAAUACAAGAAAGUAACGUUGUGCGUCUUUCCACUCCGAUAACUGUAGUCGGCGACAUUCAUGGCCAGUUUGAGGAUUUAUUAGAGAUUUUUCGUAUUGGAGGUCCUUGCCCGUUCACUAACUAUAUAUUCCUGGGCGACUAUGUUGAUCGUGGCUACUAUAGCGUCGAAACAAUCACUCUACUUCUGUGUUUAAAACUCAGAUACCCAAAAAGAAUUACCUUACUUAGAGGUAACCACGAAUCUAGAGGAAUUACCCAAACCUACGGAUUUUACUCUGAAUGCCUUAGAAAGUAUGGUUCUGCAAACGUCUGGAAGCAAAUCACAGACAUAUUUGACUUUUUGACUCUUGCAGCUACUAUCGACGAUAGUAUUUUUUGUGUUCACGGAGGGCUUUCACCCAGUAUCCAACACAUUAAUCAAAUUGUAGUACUUGAUCGCUUCCGAGAGUUCCCUCACGAAGGAGCCAUGGCUGAUUUGCUAUGGUCCGAUCCAGAUCCAAGUAUCCAAGAAUUUUCUUUAUCUCCUAGAGGUGCAGGAUAUUCCUUUGGAGAAGUGAUUGUUUCCAAGUUUCUUUAUGAAAACAACAUGGAUCAUAUCUUACGAGCUCAUCAGCUAUGUAGUGAGGGAUAUCAAAUAUUAUUUGAGAAAAAGCUAUCAACUGUUUGGUCAGCUCCUAAUUAUUGCUAUCGUUGUGCUAAUUUAGCCAGCAUUCUCCAAAUUGAUACGGACAAAUCUAAGUUUUUCAAUGUUUUCGACGCAGCCCCUAACCAAGAGAACCCGUACGUUGAACCAACCGCGAAGGCAACGGAAUAUUUUCUUUAG